UAAUCAUUUUACCAGUAAAGGCUGUAAGCACAGAGAGGACGGCUAGUGUUCAAAGGAACCCAAAGAAAAUUAGAGGACAUUAAAAUAGCUUCCACGUUUAGCUGAUCAGCAGAAAGCCAACAAGAGGAGAUCGCAAUGAAGCUGUUUUGCCUGUUGCUGCUGUCUGCCGCUUCGACUGCUGCGCUCCAUCUGGACGCGUCGGGCAGGAGAGAGCAGCCCACGCUGCCCUCCGAGGCCCUCGCCACGGAGGCGAGCCCGACUGAAGCCAAAUCCCGCUUCGCCAUGCUGGACGACGUUCGCCUUCUGGCAAACGGCCUCCUCCAACUUGGCCAGAGUCUGCGGGAGUUUGUCCACAAGACCAAGGCCCAGAUCAACGACAUCUUCCAGAAGCUGAACAUUUUCGACCGCUCCUUCUACCAGCUCUCGGUGGUCACGUCCGAGAUCAAAGAGGAAGAGGAGGAACUCAAGAAGACCACGAGCAUCUUGAAGGCCAACAACGAGGAGAUUCGAAACCUGUCCAUGGAAAUCAACAGCAAGAUCAACAACAUCCUGCAGGAGCGCACGCAGCUGCAGAGCAAAGUGGGGAGCCUGGAGGAGAGGCUGAAAGGACUGUCGCAGAGCAUGCUCCCUGCAGACCAGCUCAGCGAAAUCAUCACCCUCAAGGAGGUAAUUGAAGCGCAGGAGAGAACAAUUACCAACCUUCUAAAAGCGGUGAAGGAGCAGCACGACCAGCUGGACCACCAGAAAAACAAGAUCAAAAACCUGGAGGACAAGAUCAGCUUCAACAGCUUUCAGCUUACAGUUGAUAAGGCGAUGGAUUCAGACCAUUCAGCCUCUGAUAAGUUUGAAUAUCUGCAGAUAAACUCCACUGACCUUCCUGUGGACUGCGGUGAUUUAUUUACCAGAGGAGAGACAAAAAGUGGAGUCUAUGCUAUCAAACCAAACCAAUCAGAGCCAUUUUAUGUUCACUGUGAAAUAAGCUCAGAUCAUGGUUUGACUGUCAUCCAGCACAGGGCUGACAGUACGGUGGAUUUUGACCAAUCAUGGGAGAUGUAUGAAAAAGGCUUUGGAGACCUGGAGAAGGACUUCUGGCUGGGCCUAAAGAAAAUACACACCAUCAGCCAACUGGGAACCUACAUCCUGCGCAUUGACGUGGAAGACUGGAAGGAGGAAAAACACUGGGCCGAGUACCGCUUUUCAAUGGCCGGUCCCUCCGAGGACUACGCGCUUCACGUCAGCCACUUAGCGGGCGACCUGCCAGAUGCGAUGACCAACCUGACCGGCUCGAGAUUCUCCACCAAAGACAAGAACAACGACAGCGGCUGCGACGCCGACUGCGGACGCAACUGCACAGGUGGAUGGUGGCUGAGUGCGUGCAGUGAAACCAACCUAAAUGGGAAGUACUUCUCUUUGAGGGCCAAAGGACGGUCCGUGAGGAGGAAGGGCAUUCAAUGGAGGCCUGGCGCUGGGCCUUUGUAUUCCCUCAAAACGAGCAAAAUCAGCUUACGAGCGUCGCUAGCCACAGAUGGUGGAAACUGACCUCGCACCCCUGAAAGUUUCAUAUAUUAUUAAAAGUUAUGCGUCUUUGCAUAAAGACCUAGAGUUAGUUUAAAGAUUUCACAGAAAGGGCAGUAAGAUCGGUUUUCCUUUUCCAGCGACUAGAGGAUUAUUGCCUUCUGAACUUUUCUUAGAUGAAAUAUGUCAUACAUUGGACUUACGGAUGUGAUGAAAUGGUGCAAUCAUGACAUGUAGGUUGUUAACCUAUUGGAUCUGACCCACCAAGGACACUAGAACAGUUAUUACACAACCUUUGCAAUCAGUGGACCUAUUGAUCCACAUCGCAGACCGAUUCUGUACCAGAUACCCGAGGGUUACGUUGGGAUGAAGGCUUCUGAACGAAUUACAACCUUAAAACACAGAUCAGGAAAUCACAACUGAGAUUAAUCGAAAUGCAUUUCAGCUUCUAGGCCGAGUAUGCUGUUUGAAGUGUGUUCCGUCUUUGUGGUGUGAAAAUGUAUUACAUGGUGUCUGCAGCGACAGGCAGAAAAGCCCAUGUCGUAUUACAUAAUGCAUGCAGGUUAUAACAUUUUAAGCUUUAAUAGAAAUUGUGUUUGCAAAGCUAACUGUAAUGUGCAGGCCGGUUUUGUUUUUCAUUCAUAUGUAGACCUUUUAGAUUUUAUAUUCUGUUUUAUACCACCCCAUCCUCUGAUUUCAACCUCCCAGUUUUAUAGGUACGGGUUUUUUUUUUUUAGCAAACUAAUGAUAAUUCAAACGUUGGCAGUGCACUGAUUAACUUCAUUGUCCGGUCAGUUUUGUUGUUAUUAUUCUGUAUAGUAUUUAAACCACGUUCAUGCUAUAAUUAUUAAUGCUGGCAUUGUUGGAUAACAUUGUGUGUUUGUGUUUCCACCGUUAUUGAGUCAUAUUGACUCACAUCAUUAGUGCAGCACACGAUUCUGUUGUGUUAAUGCGCUUCAAACUAAGUGUCAACCUGGCAAGAAUUGUAUAUGCUAUUCAAUCAUACUGUAUUUAUCAAAAUAAAUAAACAAAUAAAUCAAUGUGUCAAAGUACAAAAAAAAAAA